AUGAGUAACGAAACCGAAAGAAUGGAUGUUGAUGAGGAGGAAUCGCAAAAUAUCGCGCAUGAUUCAAGACAAAGCACCCCGGUGGAAACCAAAAAGAAAAGGUUUGAGAUAAAGAAGUGGACUGCGGUGGCAUUUUGGUCGUGGGAUAUAGCAGUUGAUAACUGCGCAAUUUGCAGGAACCACAUAAUGGAGCCAUGCAUUGAAUGUCAACCAAAGGCCAUGACCGACACUGAUAAUGAAUGUGUAGCAGCAUGGGGUGUUUGUAACCAUGCUUUCCAUUUGCAUUGUAUUAAUAAAUGGAUCAAGACGAGAGAUGCAUGCCCAUUAGAUAACCAACCAUGGCAGUUAGCAAGAUGUGGUAGGUAA